AGUUCCAAAUUCAGCUAGUCCCAAGGACCAGCUAGUAUGGAAGGAACAAUGGAAAUCAAGACCGACACCCCCAUCCUCAUGGCGAAACCGAUGCCGCCGGCGAAGCAGGGGAGGGUUCUCACGGUGCUGAGCAUCGACGGCGGCGGCAUCCGCGGCCUCAUCCCGGCCACCAUCCUAGCUCGCCUCGAGGCCCAGCUCCAAGAGGAAGACGGGCCAGACGCUAGGAUCGCCGACUACUUCGACGUGGUCGCCGGGACCAGCACCGGCGGGCUGAUCGCCGCGAUGCUGACGGCGCCCGGCAAGGACAAUCGGUCGCUCUUCGCCGCCAAGGACAUCAGCCAGUUCUACCUUGAAAACGGCCCCAAGAUCUUCCCACAGAAAGGGGGAUGGGUCUGGGUCCCGGGGUUCGUUAGGAAUGCGGUGAAGAUGGUCAGGGGCGGCCCCAAGUACGACGGCGAGUUCCUGCACGAGAAGAUCAACAGCCUCCUCCGGGACAUCCGGGUGGCCGACACGUUGAGCUACGUCGUCGUGCCGGCGUUCGACGUGAACCGCAUGCAUCCCAUCCUGUUCAACUCGUUCGAGGCCGAGCGGGAGGCGCACAAGAACCCGCGCCUCGCCGACGUCUGCAUCGCCACGUCGGCGGCGCCCACCUACCUCCCCGCGCACAGCUUCGCUACGGAGGGCGCCGGCGGCGAGCCCCACGCGUUCGAGCUCGUCGACGGCGGCGUCGCGGCCAACAACCCCACCAUGGCCGCCAUGUCCCUGCUCACCAAGGAGAUGAUCCGCCUCCGCCGGCAGCUGGAGGACGAGGACCUGCACCUCGUGAACGGCGACCUCGUGUCCGGCCUCACCACCACGAGAAAAGCUGUAACCGACCCCACCACCACGAAGAGCUUCGAGAAUAACCCCACCACGGCCGCCAUGACCGCGCUGAUCGCCAUGGAGAAGGAGAAGGGGAAGCAGACCCGCAUGGGCAGGCAGGACGCGGAGGCGAGCGUGUACCGGAACAUCCUCGUGCUCUCCGUCGGGACGGGGAUCGCCAAGCAGGCGCACAAGUACACCGCGGCGGAUUGCAACAAGUGGAACCUGCUCAACUGGCUCACCAACGACGGGUUCAACCCGCUCCUCGACUUCUUCUCCAACGCCAGCGCCGACAUGGUCGACAUCCACGCCGAGGUGCACUUCGAGCUCCUCGGCUGCGAGAAGAACUACCUUCGCAUCCAGACUGAAACACUGGAGGGAGAUAAUGCGUUGGUGGACUGCACGACGGAGAAGAACAUGGCCGAGCUGAUCAAGAUUGGCAAUGACCUGCUCAAGGAGAAGGUGGUGAAGGUGAACAAGGACACGGGGGUGUACGAGCCCGUGGAAGGCGCGUCCACCAAUGAGCAGGCACUCAAGGAGUUGGCUGGGAAGCUCUCCGAGGAACGCAGGAUUCGCCAGGCUACUGCCCUCAAGUGAACGCGCGCGUCUUCUCUGGGGUCUAUCUAAUCUGGAGAGCGGCAAAAUAAAGAAGAGCAGGCCAUCAAUCAGUAAACAUGUAACAAUAAGUCCUUACGGAGUGCUGUGGCGCGACCGAUAAAUAAACCAAGAUCAUUUUUAUAACCCUGAAAGGUAAUUAAUUGCUACGGUGAUGUA